AUGCAGGCGGUCACCUUCCAUCUCUCAUUCUUCUUGACUGCCUUGUUUUGGCGCCAUGUGUGUGGCUUCCAAGCUGUUAACCAAUCUGCAACGCGAGUGAAUGUUGGGCUCAUGCUCGAUCUCAGCACUCCGAAUGGGAAGAUCAGCUCCACAUGCAUAGACAUGGCCCUCGAGGAUUUCUACUCCAACCAUAACCACUCCAAAAUUUUAGUCCUCCAUCAGGAAACCAACUACCGCCGUGGCGUUGUUGAAGCAGCUUCCGCUGCCAUUGAACUUCUGAGGAAGGUGGAGGUGGAGGCGACUCUCGGGCCUGUGACCUCCGGUGACGCGGAAUUUGUGGCCGACUUGGGGGACAUGGCUCACGUCCCCGUCAUUUCCUUCACCGCAACCAGCCCCUCGCUGUCUCCCAAACACCGCUACUUCAUUCGAACUGCGCAGAACGACUUGUACCAAGUGGGCGCCAUAGCGGACAUCGUGAAAGCUUACGGGUGGGGAGAGGUCGUCCCCAUCUACGAAGACAGCGAGUUCGGAAAGGGGGUGAUCCCCAACUUGACGGACGCUCUUCAAAUGGUGGACGUCCGGGUGCCGGCGAGGGCCGUGCUCUCCAACAACUCUGUCGAUGAGCACAUCAGAGGAGAGCUCGAACGCCUUAUGUUGAUGCAGACUCGGGUUUUUGUGGUGCACAUGCCGCCGGAUCUCGGGGGUCGCCUCUUCACCUGCGCGCGAGAGUUGGGGAUGUUGAGUGAAGGGUACGUUUGGAUCGUGACCAACGGGAUGGGAAAUCUCUUGGACGAACUCUCCCACCGGCCGGAAGUUCUUGCUUCCAUGGAAGGGGCCUUGGUUCUGAAAACUUACGUCCCCGAAACCCCAAAACUAAAGAAUUUCACGGUCAAGUGGCGAUCAAAGUUCCAAAGUCGAUAUCCCAAGGAUGACAUACCUCCGCACCCAGACGUGUUUGGCCUGUGGGCUUACGACACCAUAUCGGCGCUCGCUUCUGCACUAGAGAGAAGCUACUCCGGGAACACCAGGUACCAUCACCACCACCAUGGGAGAAGAAACUCGUCCGCUUCAGGCGAACCGUUCGCGAAUAUGGGAGUGUCCCCGAGUGGUUCAAGCAUAUCAAUCGAGCUCGGAAGGAGCAGAUUCAGGGGCCUGAGUGGUGAUUUUGUUCUGGAAAAGCGGCAGCUGGUCUCCCAGGUAAUGGAGAUAACGAAUCUCGUGGGAAAAGGGGAGAAACACGUGGGGUUCUGGACUUCGAAAACUGGACUGGUGAAGAAGAUAAGCAAAGAGUGCCUGGAAAGCGGCAGUAAAGGGAAGUGCAGCGCCAACGUCGGCCUCAGGACGGUGGUCUGGCCGGGCGAUAGGCCGGCGGUUCCAAAGGGUUGGGUCAUACCCGCUAACGGAACAAGAUUGAGAAUAGCUGUGCCCGUGAAGAGUGGAUUCCAGGCGUUGCUCAAGGUGGAAACGGACACCGGGAACCAAGAGAUUGCUGUGGAGGGAUAUUGCAUAGAGGUAUUCAAGAAGGUUUUGGAGAUUAUGCCAUACUAUCUACAUCACGAUUUCAUUCCCUUUCCGAUCGACGGGAAGCCGAACUCAACGUAUGACGAUCUUGUCAAGGGGGUUUACCUUCAGAACUACGAUGCAGUGGUCGGCGACACGACCAUCACAGCCGAGCGGGCCAAGCUCGUGGACUUCACGAUGCCGUACGCGGAUACCGGAGUGACCAUGAUCGUGGCAAACAAAGCGGAGAGGAAAAUGAGCGCCUUGAUAUUUCUGAGACCCUUGACCAAGGAGCUGUGGCUCACAACCGGGGCUUUCUUCGUUCUGACCGGUUUCGUGAUUUGGAUUCUGGAGCACCGGAUCAACCCCGACUUCAGGGGACCUCCCUCAGCACAGAUGGGCAUCAUUUUCUACUUUGCCUUCUCUACCAUGGUCUUCGCCCACAGGGAGAGGCUGGCAAGCAACCUGUCUCGGGUUGUGGUGAUCGUUUGGGUGUUUGUGGUUUUGAUCCUGACGCAGAGCUACAUGGCCAGCCUGACUUCCAUGCUCACAGUUCAGCAGCUCCAGCCCACCGUCACCGACAUUGAUACUCUCCUAAGAGAUGGGGAGAGCAUAGGUUGCCAGAAUGGAUCCUUCGUCCGCAACAUGUUGAUCAACCAACUGAAGGUCCCCGAAUCCCAACUGAAGCUGUACACUUCACCAGCUGAAUACGCAGAUGCACUCGUUAAUGGUAGCCAGAAGGGUGGUGUUGGAGCCAUUUUUGAUGAGAUCCCGUACAUCAGGCUGUUCCUUGCCAAGUAUUGCCGUGGCUUCGCCAUGGCUGGCCCUAUCUACAAAGCAGGAGGAUUUGGCUUCGUCUUCCCUAGAGGUUCUCCUUUUGUAGCCGCCGUUUCACGUGCAAUACUGAACGUAACGGAAGCAGAUCGCUUGCUGGAGAUUGAGGAGAGGCUGUAUGAGAACCAGACUUGUAUAGAUGUGGCCAUUGAAGUGGGCACCAAUAACCUGUCCCUCACUCGCCUCCGGGGUCUCUUUUUCUUAACUGGGACAGCCACUACUGGAGUACUUUUUCUCCUCUUCCUGACCAGCUUCUGUUUCAGCAGUGGCACACCGCGGUCUCCUUUCGCAGGCCCAAUCACAGAACGGAUGAUCUGUUGGCAGAGUGCAGCCUCCAUCUUCAAGCGCUUUGGUGAGAAGGAUACGCCGUCCCGUGCUUUCGGAAAUACGUCUGCGAGUGACAAUUUCGAGAAUUACGACGCAGUGGUGGGUGAUACAACUGUCGGGGCAAGCAGAAGCCAAUACGUAGAUUUCACGUUGCCUUACACGGAGACUGGUGUCUCCAUGGUUGUGCGCGCGAAAGCCGGAAGGAAGCCGAACCCUUUCAGAUUUUUGAAGCCAAUGACGGCCCAGCCGAUUUGA